GGAGCUCGGCGAGCAGGCUGAGUGUCCGCCAAGGCCCCGGGGCUGGGGGCCGGGUCGCCCUAGUGCGCGCCAGGAUCCCGCCGGCGGAGCUCGGCGAGCGACACGGCCGUACACGGCAUGGUGCCGGGCGCGCGGAUGGGAUGCGGGACUCGCUGAAUGAGAAGGCCAUGUGGCGCAAAGUGGCCGACGGGCUGCCGAUGGCGGAGCUGGGCGAGUCCAACCACCACCACCUGCACCAUGACCUGCACCACCACCACGGCCACCACGAGCACCACGGCGGCGGGCCGCACGGGCCGCACGGCAGGAAGGACUCGGCCUGCGACAACGACCUGUGGCCACCGGAUUCCUCCGACGUGACGCCCUUGCCGCCACCACCGCGGCCCUUCGUCCGUAUGGGCAGUACGAUGACGGGGUCGGAGGCCUCGCUGCCCGGGCCGCGGCGCAAGGAGCAGCGCCGGCAAGAAUGGCUCAACUCCGAGAUCCUCAACGCCGUCCUCAACGGCGAAUGCGCCGACAAGGUGGCCAAACUUCUCGAGGACGGCGCCGAGGCCAACGCCGUGUGCAGCCCGACGCGCACCUCGGCGCUGCACCUGUGCGCGCUGCGGCCGCUGCGCCCCGAGGCCGUGGCGGUGGCCACCCUGCUCCUGGACCACGGCGCCGACAUGCUGCACCGCGACCACUGCGACCGCACCGCCCUGCACCUGGCGGCCUGGGCCGGCGCGGCCGACCUGCUGGAGCUGCUCCUCAAGCGCUACCAGACAGCGAAGCUGCCCGGAGAGUCCAACUUCUUGGGCAUUCGCACUAGGUUUCCAAGGGACCACGGAGAGAGAGAACCCUUCCCAUCAACCUGGAACGACUCCUGGAAUCAUGCUCACAACACCGUAGAAGUUAUUCUGCCGAGCCUGGAGCCGGGUAGCACCGCUCUGCACGUGGCCUGUCAGCGCGUGCAUCUGCGCUGCAUCCGCCUGCUGACGAGCGCCGGCGCGGACCGCUCCGUCCUCGACGACCGCGGCUUCACGCCCAUCGACGUGCUCCAUGAGUUCCCGGGCUACGGCGAGGAGGACGGCCUGGGCGAGGAGAAGGAGGACGGCGGUGAGGUCGCGGCCGGCGCGGGGGACGCAGCAGGAGCAGCAGCGGAGGCCGAGCAGCCGGCCUUCCCCGCCGAGGUAGGCGGCGGCAGCCCCCCGGGCGCUAACUUCUUCCGGACCGACGUGGGCAUCAUCGGCGGCGUCGCGCAGCCCGCCUGGGUGCCGGACGCCAAGCCCAAGCCCAAGCCGGCCGGCAGGCGCGCCACCUCGGCCGACACGCGCCUGCUCGAUGCCAUCGUGUGGCUCAAGAAGGAGGGCGCCGGCAACUUCAUGACCGGCUCGGCGCUGCACACGGCCGUCACGACCGGCUGCCUCAAGGUGGUCGAGACCCUGCUCAACGUGGACCCCUCCUCGGCCUGCGCCAUCAACGCCAAGGGGGAGACGCCCGUGCACGCGGCCAUCGAGGCGCGCAGCAUCGAGGCCCUCAGGCUGCUCAUGAAGGCGAGCGAGCCCGCCAUCAACGUGCCAAACAGCACGGGCGCCACUCCGCUCAUGAUGGCCGUGGUGAACGAGUGGAACGAGGGCGUGAGCGAGCUGCUGCUGGCCAACGCGGACGUGGCGGCGCGCGACCUGAGCGGCGCCACGGUGCUGCACGAGGCGGCGGCGCACGCCGACAGCCAGCUGCUGCGCGAGCUGCUCUCCAUCGAGGAGGCCAUGCAGGUGCUGGACGCGGAGCGCGAGGACGGCCUCACGCCGCUCUUCGUGGCCGUCGAGUCCAGCAGCACGGAGCGCGUGCAGCGCUUCAUGGAGGCGGGCGCGAGGCUCACGCACACCCUGCCCGACGGCGUCAACAUCGUGCACCGGGCCGUGCAGCUCUACAACAGCACAAACUUGUCAGAGCACGAGGAGAUGGUGCGGCUGCUGGCUGACCGGCUGGGCAGCUCGGUGUCGGUGGAGGAGCGCUCGCUGCUGGACGCGCUGCAGAGCGGCGCGCAGGACCCCGGGCUGGCGCCCGUGCACAUGGCGGCCAAGAACGGCCACGACUCCGUGGUGGACGUGCUCAUCCGCAACGGCAGCAACCCGCGCGUCAGGACGGUGCGGGAGGCGCCGCUGUACGCCGCCACCGCCCUGCACCUCGCAGCGCAGUACGGUCACAUCAGCGUGGUGUCGCUGCUGGUGCACGCGGACCGCAAGCUGCUCUCCACCAAGGACGGGCGCGAGUGGCGGCCCAUCCACAUGGCGGCGCACUUCGCGCAGCGCGAGGUGCUGCGGUUCAUGAUCAAGGAGGGCGCUGACCUCGCCACCGGGGUGCGCGACGAGCAGAACCGCUCGUGCUCGGCGCUGUCCCUGCUCGUGCACAGCGUGGCCAAGCCCGUCGACUUCCUCGAGGAGCUGCUCGACGAGAGCAUCGCGCUCAACGAGUACCCCGUGAGCGACCACCGCGCCCAGAUCGACGUCCGAUAUGACAUCCUCAUACCGACGGAGGACGGGCAGGGCCUGCCCAAGUCCAGCCGGGGCGAGGCCUGUCCACUGCGGGGAGAGGAGCCCCACCAGCACGGCGGCGUGCACCAGGUCCGCCGGCAGAUGCGUGUCAUCGACGCCAUCCUGGAGAGCGGCAACUACUUCGGCCAGCAGAACCUACUGCAGCACCCGCUCGUGGAGAGCUUCCUCACGCUCAAGUGGAAGAAGAUGGCGCCCUUCUUCUACGCCAUCGUGGCGGUGCACGUGCUCUUCGUGUGCGCGCUCACGGGUCUUGUGGCGCAGAUCUACUGGUGGGCGGGCGACCAGGGCGCGGGCGUACAGGUGGCCCGCGUGGCCGUGUUCGUCACGACUGUGAUAAUAGCUCUACAGGAAGUGCUGCACCUCAUCCAGCUCCGUCUGAUGUACAUCCGAGACUUGGAGUCGUGGCUCAAGUGGAUUGCCAUAUCGCUGUCCGUGGUCGUGGCCUUCGUCGUGUUCGAGGGCGUGGAGUCGGCCUCCGCCUCGCCGACCGUGUCAGUCCCCACGGCGGCCGAGGACGCCUCGCUGGACGGGGCGGUCGCCAACGCGGACCUCGAGUCCGCGGGGGCGUCGUCCGCCGGUGCCAACGGCGGCGGGGUGGUCGGUGGGGUCCCGUACGAGUCGCGGAGCGGCCGCCUGGGGGACCGCUGGGAGCGCCACGUCACCACCCUGGCCGUGCUCAUGGCCUACACCGAGCUGCUGCUGCUCCUGUGCCGCUUCCCCCGCUGGGGCCUCCGUGUGCUCAUGUUUUACAAAGUGGCCAUCAACGUAAUCAAGAUGUUGCUGACCUUCUCCUUCCUCAUCGUCGGCUUUGGACUGAGCUUCUUCGUGCAGUUCCGGGGCGAAGAACCCUUCCCGACGCUCCUCGAGUCCAUGGGCAAGACCAUCGUCAUGGGCACGUCCGAGUUCGACUACGGCGACAUCUUCGCCGGCUCCAACGACACGAUCGUCGGCCGCAUGUUGUUUUUCAUCUUCCUGCUGCUCGUGCCCGUGGUGCUGAUGAACCUGCUGGUGGGUCUGGCCGUGUCGGACAUCGCCACGCUCGAGACCAAGGGCCGCAAGCGUGGUCUCGUGAAGCAGGCUGAGUUCCUCAGCACGCUGGAGCGGCUCGUGUACUCGCACUCGGUGCGCUGGUGCAUCCCGUCCAGGAUGCGCGCGCGGCUGCCCAUCUACAUCCCCGUCAGCCGGACCGUCGUCAUCUACCCGGGACAGUCGCUGCGCAUCAUCUUCGAGG